AUGAUUCUGCCUCGGAGACUCAUAUACAGGGGCUACAUUGUGGCUGGUGUCCUGACCUUUGUUCUUGUGUUUUACUUUGUCAUUUAUCAAAAGCUUCCAGAUAAUUCUUCAGUGCAGGUCCAUAACCGAAAUCAUGUAGGGCAGUUGGAGCCUUUGGUUAAGUUGACAGGGCCUGUCACAAAAGAAAAUCUGGGAGAGAGAUUAAGCAUCAUAAUACGAGAGUUUGAAAACUUUGACAAUGCUUUAUCUGAAACUGUGCGCUCUAUUCCAGACCAGCUACCCUAUCCUCCUGUAAUGCUGAACAUGAAUAGUGAGGCAAGGGUGAUCACUCUCUCUAGUGACUUGACUAGAAACUACAGCAGUGCUUGCCCCUUUCAUUACUUGCAGACACAGUAUGUGUUGAUUAUACCAGAUGCUGUCGGCAUUAGGGACUGGAAGCUGAUUCAGAACUUGGUCUCAUUUCUGCACUCAAAGAAACACACCAAGGCUGUUGCUGUGCCGAUUGGCAAUGCAGAACUGACUUGCCAGGGUUUAAGUGUUGAUUUGAAAAGCUGGUCACUGUCUUUCCAUGCAAAUUAUUCCCAGCCGUCAUUUAACUGUCCCUUAGUGACAGGUCCCCAUGGUCUCUUUAUGGAGACUGAGACUUUGAAAUCUUUUGCUGAGCCUUUUGCCAGACCGCUACCCUUGACAUUUUAUAUUCAGGCUAGCGUGAAGAACUGCAAGGUGAGAAUCACAAAGUCUGCAAGGCUGGAUGUGUUGUCACGCUUAUACCAGGAGCCUCAUUCUCACUGGAAACACAAGCAAGCGGAAACUGACAGACUGCGGAAGUUUUAUGAGAAGAUUGGCAUCAAGCAGGAAACUUUGGCCUCUGGCUUCAGUAACUGGUAUGGCUGCAGUAAGGAGACAGCCAGAUGUUUUGGCACCAUCGUCAAUGACAUGCCUGAGUAUUUAUAUCUUGGUAGAUGGACGCCUCCUUGCUGCCUGAAGGCAUUACGAGAAACUGCCUGGCAUGUGUUCUCAGUUCUGGACCGGUGCCAGGUGCGCUACUGGCUGGAAGGAGGGAGCCUGCUUGGGGCAGCUCGCCAUGGGGAUAUUAUCCCUUGGGAUUAUGAUGUAGAUAUCGGCAUCUACAAAGUAGAUGUGGAGAAAUGUCUGCCGUUGUCCAGAGCCACACAAGAGAGAUACGUUGAUGAACAGCAGUUUGUGUGGGAGACAGCGGUAGAAGGAGAUUUCUUCCGUGUCCAGUUCUCAGAGACCAACCAUCUGCACGUGGACAUCUUCCCGUUCUAUUCCAAAAAUGGAACAAUGACUAAAGAUACAUGGUUCCACAACCACAGACAGGAUACAGAGUUUCCCGAGAGGUUCCUUCAACCGCUGACCAAGAUAGAAUUUGCUGGAGUUCUGGCAAGUGCUCCAAAUAAUAUUACAGAGUUUCUAGAGUAUAAAUUUGGACAAGGUGUUAUUGACAAGCCAAAGUAUCCCAAUUUUCAGAACCCAUUGUGA